AUUCUCUAAUAAUAUUAAUAGUGAAGUUCGUCUUGUUGUGGUAUUAAUUUGAGUCCGUUGGAGUAUUCUUGCGCACCGCUCGGUAGCCGUGAUGGACGUGACGCACGCGUGUCGCUGCUGCCUGCGGCGUGCUCCGGACAAGGACCUGACGACGCCGUACACACAUCUCGGCAAAACGGAGAUAUAUGCCGACAUGCUCAAAGAGAGCAUCGAUAUACAUCUGGUGGUGGGCGGCGCGGGCUCGUGCGGCAUCUGCUCGGCGUGCGUGGGCCGCCUACGAGACGCGAGCGACUUCAAGCUGCAAGUGCAGCGCAGCCAGGCGGAGCUGCAGGCAUGGCUGCAAGGAACGAGCAUUAAAGAUGAAGAACCCACAGUCGAGCCAGAAAUGCAGGAUGGAGACGGGACCAGUGUAGAGCCUGUGUCGCAUGAAGAGCCCCUGGUCAAACCAGAGACACUGGAUGAAGAUGGGGCUCCAGAUGAGAUGUUACGUGACAUGCUCCGGCUAAACAUGGCGGCCGGAGACGGGGCGAGCGACGAGGGGGACCCGCUGUUGGUGGAGGAGCGAGCAGUCAAGUCGGAGCUGUCGGACGAGGCGAGUGACGAGGACUGCGUGUCUGCAAUUCUAGAUGCCUGGUAUUUGCUGACGACCUUAAACUCCUGCAGCCAGUGGCUGAUGUUCGAGACUGCAGACUACUUCAGGAAUCUAUUAACAAAGUAG